AUGGCUGGGAACAAUUUCACAGAGGUGAUGUUUUUCAUCUUCCACGGAUUUGCAAAUCACCCUAAACUACAAGUCGGCGUCUUCAUGAUGUUUCUUUUUAUUUAUCUCUUCACUGUUUUGGGGAAUCUUGCACUAACUUUGUUAAUCAGAAUCGACUCUCAGUUCCACACACCUAUGUACUUUUUCCUUAGCAAUUUAGCAUUCAUUGAUAUAUUUUAUUCCUCUACUGUAACACCCAAGGCACUGGUAAAUCUCCAGUCAAUUCAGAAAAUCCUCUCCUUCGUUGGCUGCUUUGUUCAAAUGCAUUUUUUUGUGGAUUUAGUGUGUAGUGAGUGUUUUCUUCUGGGGUCCAUGGCCUGUGACCACUAUGUAGCUAUCUGCAAUCCCUUACUGUAUUCCGCGGUCAUGUCCCAGGAGGUGUGCAGGUGGUUGGGAGUCAUCCCUUAUAUGAUCAGCUUCACCAAUUCUUUGGUCUCCAUCUGUGUGAUCAGCACAUUGGCAUUCUCUGAUGCCAGCAUCAAUCACCUUUUCUGCAACACCACAGGUCUUCUAGCUCUGUCCUGCAUGGAUGCAUUCAACACAGAAAUGGUGAUCUUUGUUUUAGCUGGCUUCACCCUUCUUAGAUCUCUCUUUAUCAUCACAGUCACCUACAUUGCCAUCAUUUCAGCCAUCCUGCAAAUCCGGUCUGCAGCAGGCAGACAGAAAGAAUUUUCCACCUGUGUGUCCAACAUCAUUGGGGUGACUGUCUUCUAUGGCACUAUGAUUUUCACUUACCUAAAACCAAAUAAGUCCUACUCCUUGGGAAAGGAUCAAGUGGCUUCUGUUUUUUAUACUAUUGUCAUCCCCAUGCUGAAUCCCCUCAUAUACAGUCUUAGAAAUAAAGAAGUGAAAAAUGCUGUCAGUAGA